UGGGUGAGGUAUGUUGUGAUUGCAGUCCAGCUCGAGCGUGCGUGGGUCUCUGUCAUGACAAGGGCGCUCUUUCGCAGCUUUCGCGCUCUGGGAAUACAAGCCUUUUUGGAAAAAAAUAACUAAUCCCGUUUUUACGCUUCUGUAACACUGGUCUCUGUCCUGCUAGAAUCAAAGUAUUGUCAACGAAACAAGAUAGCCAAAACGAAAGAAAAAGAUUGUGGAUGUCUUCACUCGGGGUGACGAUCCUAACCAGCUAGUGCCAAUCAUCUAUCCGCAUCAGCUAGCUGAAUCUCUGCAGUCAAAUUUGUCGAAAGUUAAGGAAGUUUGCUGAGGAUUGCAAAACUAAUUGUGAAAAUAUCUGAGGGGGGUUUCAACCCCCUGAUCCUCCCCCAACUGCACAACCCCUCCGUACUUAUCGGAUCGGACCCUCUGAAUUCUUCAACUCUGUUGGGAGGAACCAAAGAUCGACUGGGCCAUUUGACGGUGUAACCAAUAACCAUCCAUCUGUACUGAUACAGAAAGUCUGGAUGAAGACAUCAGUCAGGUGGUGGUGUGCCCGCUGUUGGCCAUGCUGUUCUGGUGAGGUGUGGUAAACCCCUGCCAACAUGAGGCUGGUGCCCGGGUCGCCUCGGCCCCUCCCCCUUCUGGCGGUGGUCCUGGCUCUAGCCCUCACAGCACUCUUACCUCACCUGACCAUGGGAGUCACACCUUUCCCCCAGGACCUGGAGCCAAUCAGCAUUGGGGGGAGAGAACACUCCUACCUGUACCCAAGCUUCCAGGGCCUCAUGUCGGACAACGAUACAGUACGACUGGGCCUGGACUUCCAGAGGAUGCUCCGGAUCAACCACAUGCUCUACAUCGCAGCCAGGGAUCAUGUGUUUGCUGUCAGUCUCAGCGCCUCCUCUGAGCAGAUCGUCCCAGAACAGAAAUUGACUUGGAAGACAAAGGACGUGGAUAAAUGCACAGUGAGGGGGAAGAACAGCGAUGAGUGCUACAACUACAUCAAAGUUCUGGUCCCACGCAAUGACGAGACGCUAUUUGCCUGCGGUACCAACGCAUUUAACCCCACCUGCCGCAACUACAAGAUGUCCACACUGGAACAGGAUGGUGAGGAGGUGGUGGGUCAGGCCCGCUGUCCCUUUGAGUCUCGCCAAUCCAACGUCGGCCUCUUCGCUGGUGGUGAUUUCUACUCGGCCACCAUGACAGACUUCCUGGCGAGUGAUGCGGUAAUUUACCGUAGUCUGGGAGAGAGCAGCCCGGUGCUUCGUACCGUGAAGUACGACUCCAAAUGGCUACGAGAGCCUCAUUUCCUCCAUGCCAUUGAGUACGGGAACUAUGUGUACUUCUUCUUCAGUGAGAUUGCUGUGGAGUACACCACACUUGGCAAGGUUGUGUUCUCCAGAGUGGCUCGUGUAUGUAAGAACGACAACGGAGGUUCUCCCAGGGUUCUAGAGCGUUACUGGACAUCGUUCCUCAAAGCGCGGCUCAACUGCUCGGUGCCGGGCGAUUCCUUCUUCUACUUUGACGUUCUGCAGUCGCUGACCAACGUGCUGCAGAUCAAUCACAGACCAGCCGUGCUGGGGGUCUUCACUACACAGGCCAACAGUAUCACAGGCUCAGCAGUAUGUGCAUUCUACAUGGACGACAUUGAGAAGGCUUUCAACGGGAAGUUCAAGGAGCAGAGGAACAGUGAGUCAGCCUGGACACCCGUGCCUGAGGAGCAGGUACCCAAACCCAGACCAGGCUGCUGUGCCGGCGACGGCUCUGCUGCUGCCUACAAGUCGUCCACGACCUUCCCCGACGACACCCUGACCUUCAUCAAGAACCACCCCCUGAUGGACGAGGCUGUUCCCUCCGUCAACCACCGGCCCUACUUCACACGCACAACCAGCAGGUUCAAGUUGACCCAGCUAGCAGUGGAUACGUCCGCUGGGCCCUAUAAGAACCACACGGUGCUGUUCCUGGGGAGCGAGGACGGCAGGGUAUUGAAGAUCCUGGCCAGCACCCAGCUCAACGCCUCCUUCAGCACACAGCUACUGGAGGACAUCGAUGUCUACAACCCCACCAAAUGUAACGUCCGCGGAGAGGACAGACGGGUUCUGGGAUUGGAGCUGGACAGGGAACAUCACGCCCUGUUUGUGGCCUUCUCCAGCUGUGUGGUCCGAGUACCUCUGAGCCGCUGCAAUGACUACGGCUCCUGCAAGAAGAGCUGUCUGUCCUCGAGGGACCCUUACUGCGUGUGGCAGAGGACUGGGAGCUGUGUCACAGUGGUGCCCAGAUUCAGGGGCGGAUUUGAGCAGGAUGUGGAGAACGGCUACCCUCACUACCCCGACAGCUGCCACGACGUCCUGGCGACCACACGCAAGCAAAACACUCUUGCUGAUUCAGCAUAUGGGAAGACCACACCCACAACAACCGCCAGCACAACCAAUCAGGUGGCCCCAUUCCCUAAGGUGGCAGGUGACUCUGAAAGAGGUACAGGUCCUGAUGGCAGUCCUCCAGUCCCAGUUGGGGACCAGGGGUCACCUGACUCGGAAGCAAUCAGUGUGGAGAUGGAGGGUGUCCGACGGCCUCCCGAGAUGGAGAAGACCAACCACAGUGUCCACUACACCCUGCUGAUUGCCUGUGUGCUGGUGGCCUUUGUCCUUGGAGCCUUCCUCUCAGGCUUUCUGGUCUCCUGCUACUGCAACCACACUGGCCACAAGACCAAGAGGCUGGCCAAGGACCCAGAGGCCCCCAUUCCUCACGCCCUGUCCCUACGCAGCCUGGCCAAGCUCAAUGGCCUGCUGGAAUGCCAGAACAAGGAGGAUAAGAUGGAGGUGUCCUCGCCCAAGCUCUACAACUCCUUCUUCCAGAACGGGAAGGAGCAUCAUCAAGGAGCACCCAGACGGAACGGUGGUCACCACCCAGGGAUGUCCAUGGGAGACCAGGUCCACCCCCAUCACCUACACCACUCUUCGGAGCUCUCGGGUCUGCCCACCCCAGACUCCACCCCUGAACUGCCCAUCAAGAACAUGAAGGCUUUCAAGAACCAGUGGGAGAAGAACCAGAACUGCAACAAUGCCAAGGAGCCUAAGUCCCACAACAUGGGACAAGGCUCCAGGCCCAGCUCAGGCCAGCUCCACCAGCAGAUCUACCCCUACUCUCACAGUUUCUCCAAUGGGCAAGCUCUGGCCAAUGGGCAUGCCUUAGUCGGUGGACCCCAGCACCUGGAGGAACGCAAGAUCCACAAUACCGAGCGCAUGUUGGUCCAGCAGCCUUACCCCUGCUACUCACAGAAGGUGAUGGAGGUCACGUCGCUGGAUGAGCUGCUCAAACACAUCCACGAGGCCAAUGCCAGCAAGAACGCCCAGGUCAUGACCUCAUCCGGCCUGUCAGCCAGCGGCGGGUGCCAUGGGGGUCAACUAGCCUUUGCCAACCGUGUCCAGCCGCACAUCCCCGAGACGGAGUCUGCGCCCUACUACAGCUCAUCCACCCUGCCCCGAGACAGCCUGUCCCGCCGUAUGGACGUACCUCCAGACAUGCCCCAUCACCACCAGUCCACCCUGGAGCGGAGACACUCUUCCCAGAGACACUCACUGAUUACCGCUGCCACUAAGAUUGCCAACGGAGGGGGUGGUGGAGGGAUGGUCCACCGACAGCAAAGCUUCAGCCAGCGUAACGGCCACCAACACCAACCGCCCCCUAUGCUGGCUCGAAUGAACUCCACCGGCAGCGCCUGCGAGAUCCACUACCCGCUCAUCCCCAACGGGUACCUGACACGCCAGCAGAGCUACAACGGAGAGCAACAGGAGGAUACCGGAGGAUACCUCCACCGGGGGGCCAUAGUCCGCCGGACCACCUCCCUCAAACCCGAUGUCCCUCCCAAACCCCUCUUCAUCCCUGCCUCCUCUCCCGUCAACCAACAGGGAAACUUCAACUACUGAGGAGAAAGAGGAGAGGAGAACAGGACAAGAGUGACUGUGCCUCGUCCUCUCCUCUCAAUGGGUGAAAAGUGAAAGACCUUUAUGAGAAGACGUGCCCUGGAUAAUGUGGCAGCCAUUCUUGCUGUCGACAAACCUCAAACAAACUUGUUAUUUCCCCCUUUUUGUCCAAUGAAUAUCUUUGUACCAUAUUGGUAUUGCUCAGCUACUUGCUUAUAGAAGGUGAGGGACUGGGGUUGGUGAAACGCGACCCCCUUAUAUUAUGCUGCCAAUGUCCUCAGUGUGGAUUUACCAUGCAACUUAGUUAUGGAAGGGUUUGCCAUCAAACAUCGGACAGCUUAAGAUUCAAUCUAGAGCUUCUUGCGAUACCUAUGAAACUUGCUUUUGCUUACCUUUUCUUAUGUAGUGUUGACAAACAGUCCUGAUCCCCCUAACGUGUUUCUAUAUAUGCAUGUGUGUGUAUAUAUAUGUGUGUUUUAUAUCUACACCGUAUAUGUAUACAUAUACAUAUGCAGUAUAUGUAUCCUGUGGAGCGACAUCAACAAAACUCCUUUUAAAGGUAGCUCUGUCUUUUUGCCUUACUUUGAAACUGAACCCAUUAUGUUGAAAUUCAUUACUGGUUGGUGUUUGGCAUCUCAAAUAUAAGUUCUCGAAAUGAGGCAAGGCCCUGCCUGCCCCUGUUUCAGCAUGGUUAGUAUGUGGACUAGGGGAAUAAGUCAUCAUUUACCAUAUUAACACGUUCAUGGUGAAUUUGCUACUCACAUUCAAAAAGAGAGUCAAGCUGGUGGAUACUGACAAGCAAAGGAAACUACUCAAAGCAACUAUGCUAGGCGUUUCUCUUUUUUGAAAAUGGAUACCAAGGCCUGAGAAGCCGAUGAAAAGCAUUAAUACAGCGGGUCUAUGAAGUAGGGCCUACUACAAUUCCUAAAGAAUGUUUUUAUCACAUUGGUGCUUAGUUGAUCCUCAUGAAUUCUAAUAUAAUUAUCAUGUAUCACACCCAAAGAGGACCAGACACUCAACCCCCAAUGAAUCAGGAUCAAGAUCAGACCAUCCGCCCCCAAAAAAACACUCUUAACAUGGUACAGACUGCAGUUAUUAUAAUUAUUCACUUUGUGGCUAUUGGUUGUAAAUAAAGGAAUAAUACUAGCCAAAUGUUAA